AUGGAAGAUAUCUUUCACGGAAGUUUUUACAACGAACCGGCCUUUGACGGUGCUUUUCUGAACGAUGGCUUCGCCCCCGAGAGUCGAGUCGGUUUUGGCCUCACAGAUGAGCAGCUGAAUUCGAUCGUCAAGUACAGAGACACAGAGUAUCCUUCAACAGCUACCACCGUGCAAUACCAUGAAUUAUCUACCUUAUCGUACGACAAAACUCCACAAUGCCAAGCGUCAGGCCAAACGCUUCAGGACAGUACGCCUACAACCUUGGAGGUGCUGGAUGAAAUCUGUCUGGGUAAUAACACGCUGGAAAAUACUGAGACCACGGGAACCUACGACGGUGAUGUUUGCCCACGACAAGGCCGCGGACAACCUUUGAAAAAAAUGCGCCGUCUUCGCGCCAACGAUCGAGAACGGCGUCGAAUGCGGUCUUUGAACAGAGCAUUAGAAAGCCUCAAGAAAUGUUUACCAGUUCCACAAAGCAAGCGGCGCGUGACCAAGCUAGAAAUACUUCGAAUCGCUUGUAAUUACAUCCGGUCACUCUCGGACACUCUCAGCGAAGAUUCACGAGGUAACGACGGCCCGAGUCGGGGAAGAAAGUCACGAUCCCGCGGGAUUGUCGGUGAUCCCGUUGUAAACGGGUUUUCAGUCGCCCAAAGGUUAGAAAUUCUGUCGGGAAAUAACACAAACCGCAUUUGA